CUUUUUUUGCGUGUACAUUAGAUGUUUUGUGUACAAGAUUUAGUCCGAUUCAUUGAAAAAUAGUGAUAGUUGUGUUGUUAACCUAUGAUUUAUACAGUAUUCACUAUAUUACAUACUGAAUUAUCAAGUGAAAUCCGUAAUACGACAUUUUCAAUAUGGCUCGCAAGCGCCCCGGUCAUUUAAAGUAGGUAGAUCACAUAUAUGGUUUCAAAUCCAAUUGCUACAUAGUUAACAAGGAUGGAUCCAUCAAUUGACAAUGAGUGGCUUGGCAUCAAGCAGGAUCAAGUAGAUGAAACGCCAGUGGUGGGCAACAUUGCACGCAGUUGGCAAUGGCGAGAAAGGGGCAUAAACCCUCCUAACUAUCCCCCAAACAAACUGGUCCUGGAAAAUUUAGCUGAGGAUAUACUUGUGCAAAAACCACUCAAAAUACGAAGUUGUGAUUUACCUGGCUACCCAAGAUCUACAUUUUUGAUGGUCUUCAGUCCAGAUGGGACUAAAGUUGCUUCAACACAUGGAAAUCACAAUGUGUAUGUUUCUGAGCUGGCUAGUGGCAAGCAUGUGAGGAUCCUUAAGGGACACCCUAGGACACCAUGGUGUAUUGCAUUCCAUCCGUCGCACACACAACUGAUUGGCUCUGGCUGCCUUGGUGGCCAAGUAAGGGUGUGGGAUAUUGCUAGUGGUGGCAGUGAAGUAUGGAAUGUGCGCAAUGAAACGGUGAUAGCAUCUAUAGCAUUCCAUCCUCGGGAACAGCUGUUGGUGAUCGCCACUUACAAUGAAUUAUAUUUUUGGGAUUGGAGCCAACCAGCCCCAUUCACAAAAGUAUCUACCAACAACGUGAAUGAAAAAGUUAGGUAUGUGGCGUUCGAUGCGUUGGGCUAUAAGCUGAUCACAGGUAUAUCUCUACGUGGCCCCGUAGGCUCCGUAGUCGCGAACAACACAUUGUUAGCACAAUCGGUAUUCAGUAACAGUCCCAUCACCAACAGGAGAGAGGAUGGUGACAGUCCUGGUUCAAACCAAUCGGGGGACAACUCGGGUUCAGCCCAAGAUAUGAUUGUGAACUCAUAUCAAAAUUUAGUACAACGCUAUGACAGCUUGGUCAGAAAUUAUCAAAGGCUGUUUAUGGUGCGAAAUCGGCUUAAUAAUCCACCAGUACCUACUACGAUGGACCGUGGUACAGAUCCAAUGGAGACGGAUUUAUCUUCUGAUACUUCAAGUUGGACCAGAAUUGGCUCAAGUAGGCAACGCCAAAGCGCUGCAGACGGCGAAGGCAGUCAGGGAGCUUCCACCAGCGAAAACAACGGCGAAAGUGAAACCGGCACCCGCAUCCUUAAUCUUGACGUGCUGUCGUUGGAAACGGACAGGUCAAGAAAUCAAGAUUCUUCAACAACGGAACGUACUUCCUUCGGUUCCCGAUCUUCAGCAUUUCAACCGCUCAAUGAAUACGGAAGAUCUUUCGGUUUGGGCGAACAGAACGAUGGCCCGACAAGGUUGUUGCCGAAUCCGUUUUCUUCAUCCAACAGUACACCUAGAGCCAGUCGCAUAUCGCUUGCCGGCCCCGCGCAUCGGUCGGGGGCCGAUAAUGCAAAUUCAUCGCGCACCAGUAUUUUCACUUCUGCAAGGUCGGGAUCGAUAUCGAGACGCGUAUUUGUGUUUCGCAGACGCAAUUUUUCACCCACACGAAGAGAUCUCGAUUCCUCACGCGGAGAGUCAUCGACGUCCACCGAGAGCGCGACACAACCCUCGCCGCCACGCCGAACCAUGCAUCAUUACUUUCCAGAAGGCGAGCUACGUAAUCCAACCGAGAGAAGAAGACCAACGAUGGCUAACUCUUCUACGCAGAUGAGCCCCACGACAGCACCUUUAGACGCUCAAACUCUCAACGAAAGUCUAGACCUUAUUCGCGAUAUUUUGAGAGAUUCCGGCACAAGACUUUUAAAUUUGAUCACCGACAUGUCGCUGUCCAUGCUGGCGGGCACCGAGGGCGGGCGGCGCGGCGACGGCUCGCGCCCGCACUCCGACGACGGCGCGCGCUCGCACCGCGGCCGCUCCGACACGCGCUCCUCGCGACCUCGCGCCAGACUCCUCAGCUCCAGCUGGCGCCGGGAGUUCCUCUCCAGUUCCGACUCGGAUAGCGACGAUAGUUUAGAAGUUAAUAUAUUACGGACAAGAAAUUCGACAUUCCGGGAACAUAAUUCACACUCAGCCGAUGGGCCCUCGACAUCCGAACAAGCUAAUGCCCGCGCUUUCUCCACUGAUAGAAUGGUAUUCGAGUUAUCGGGUGAUUCACAACGCGAGGGUUCGUCCCGUGAUUCUAAUGGAGUAAAUGUUUCGCUAUCAAGUGAUAGAUUCCGAGUCCGGACCCAAAGUGGGUCUGAUGGAGAACAAGCGGGCGCCGCACCAGUUGACGAAGCAGGGCCCUCACAACGACGAGUGCCGUCCACUUUUGAUUUAAGUCGCCCUUCUACUAGUCGUGAUUCCUUUUGGCCAAGAGGAGGUGGCUCGAUACCUCCUGAUGAAGCAUACAGAAAAGUAAGGAGCGGGAUCAGUGCUUUGCACAAGCACACCGUACAGCUGGUCAAUCUAUCCCAACGCAGGAGCCGUAUCACUACCCGUGAACUGCGUAUAAUGUGGGAGAAUUUACGUAGACGUAUACUUACAUUGCACCGAGAAACGGGCCGGCCGGACGUUCCUGGUUACUAUACAAGGUCCCUCUUAGAGAGGUGCAUGAUGUUGGCUGAAAUGUCAGACCCAUCACCCAGGAAUACUAAUCGGAGUACGAGGUCCCUACAGCGCGACACAGAUGGAAGCAGGGAAGAAGAAAGGAAUCCGGAUGCUCCUUCUACAUCUGGCAACAAUAAUGCACCAGAGGCUAGCGAAAGACGAAAUGAUUCACCUGCGAAUAGCCCAAGAAAUAGCAGAGAGAGACGGUCGGAAGCACAUAGUCGAUCGUCGCCAGAUGCCCCAAGAUCCUCUUCAGCGCGUCGAAGGGUUCAAUCCACCAGCAGGUGGCGACACGACGAUGAAGUCCGGCGACGCUCUCGUAAUCCUGCUACUAAUCGUUUAGGACAAAGGUAUUCUUAUAGGUCCCGCCGAGAUUUUUCACGCGCUAUAGAAAUUAAUGCGACGAGGCAUGAGAUACGUAUGCGAGCUAUGCAGGUGUUAUCGGUGAUGUUUAAUAUGAUGAUGAUGUGCCUGGAGGAACGAGGCCUCAGUCAACUCAUUAUAAUCAUGUUGCGUACGCUUAAGAAAGCGAUGGCACUCACCUGUUACAUGCUAAUGGCAAAUAGAAACCCCGGGCGAACCGGACUUAACACAGCUUCGACAUCACAACCCCUGGAAUCAAUGGAUGUGGUGCGCAUACAGAACGUAGACGAUGCUGGACCAGUAAAUGUCGAUGGGCCCGACGAGUCAAUGCUUUCUACCAACACGCGGAACGAAGAAGCCAAAGAAGACAAAAAACAGAAAGAAAAUAAACCCACAGAUGCCGAAAAGCGUUCUUUAUCUCAAGGCGCUAGCACAAGCGGAAAUGCUUGUGAAGUGCUAGAUUUGUCAGCAUCCUCUUCGAGCUUUCCUUCACAGAGAUGGAGCGAUAGACUUGCCGUGCAAAUUGCUGCGGCGAAUAGAAAUAACUCCGCUACUGCCAGAAACAGAAGGGAAUUAUACAUAGAGAGCAAACGCUUAAAAGCUUUGCACAGAACAAAUCCUUCCGCGCAUCCACUCAUUAAAAAACGAGUAAUGCCUCCAAUAUCCACUUAUAGAAUACCGCAUCUGCGGAAUAUGCCGAACCGGACUAACCGAACACGCUUUAUGGUGGCUAGGCGCGAAGCCCAGAACAAUGAGCCUGUCGCGGGCCCAUCAAAUGCCCCUCCUACGACUAGGAAUACAAAUCGAGAUCCGACAAGAGCACAAAGCAUGCGCGAGAUUAAUGAAAGAGUAAAUUUCAUAAGAAUUGCAAGCCAAGCCCUCAGAAAUGCUCCUAGAAAUAGAUUUAGACGCCUCCAGACUAUUCGCUUGUAUACACCAUCUUCAGUGCGCGAAAUGUUCGCGUUACAACCAAACAGCACAGACAAUCUACAAGAAAAUGGAUCACCUUUACAGAAUAACCCAGAAACGGGAACCCGACGGCCAUUUACAGUGUAUCGACCUCAUAUCUUGACGCCCCGAAGCGACAGCGCGAACAGGCCCGAGGCGCAGCCCCAAGUGGCCGGUUUUCUAAACAAUCUGACGGGCACCGCCGUGCCCGCCGAAAUGCCCAGCGGCAUGGACAUGUCAGGCAUCACCGUGCAACGCAUUCCAAGGAUACACGACUACCUGCAGCCCAUUAUACUAGCGCAGAACGCUAUGAUAGUUGAAGACGAAGGCACUGGUAAUAAUAACCCUGGAGGCGGUGGAGGGGAUAGUGGAGGCGGCGGCGGUGGUAGUGGCGGAGGAGGCGGAGGUGGCGGCGGCGGAGGGGGCGGCGGGCCUCCCGGCGGGCCCCCUGGCGGGCUCGGCAGCUCGCUCAGCGGCCUCAUGGGCGGCGGGCGGCGGCUCAGCGGCAUGGCGGGGCUGCUCGACGCCGGCAUCAUCUCCGAGGCACUGCCCGCGCCCUCGCACCGCGUGCAGGCCUGGGACUUCACCACCGGCGACGCGCCAGAUAUCGCUGACACUACAAAAAAUGUAGUCGUGCAGAGGUGCAGAAUUCACAAUGAUGCGAGUAUCGACAUAUCGCGGGAUGGGCGCCUGCUAGUCGCGCUUUUACCGGUGCCUCGGCUCAGGAACACCAACCACUGGCUAGGCGUGUACUCGCUGGAGUGGUCGCGGCUGGGCCAGUGCCUGCACACGGCGGUGAUGGAGCAGGCGGCGGUGUCGGUGGCGCUGUCGCCGACGGCGCGGCACCUGGCGGUGGGGCUCGGCUCGCGCCGCUUCACCUCGGCGCCGCACUCGCGCAACAACGUCUUCGCGCUGCUCUACCGCCUCGACCCGCUCGAGAGUUCGAGCCGAACCGGUCUGUCUCCGGUGAAGGAGCUGGAGCAGAACUGGGAGCACGGCUUCACGAGCCUGAACUGCCUGCGCUGGGCGCCGCAGCCGGGCCAGGGACUCGUCUACGCCAAUAACACCGGACAACUCAUCAUUAUGAGUUAAUCUGCGCAAGUCCACCAUUCUUACUGCCAUCUCAACAUCUGCCGUUGUGACGCAGCAGGGCGACGCAGAUGUAGCGGUUCGUGGAUACCACUUGAAAAAAUAAUCUUAAUAGUAACAUUCUAUAAAUGUUUCAAUGUUGACGAGUUAUGUACUGAUCGCGAGUAAAAACUUUUGAAGUGUUUGCCUGAUCUCCUGCUAGUUUCGGAACUGAUCUAGUUCAUAUGUCGAUCUUUGUAAAUUAAUAUUGUAAUUAUACGAUUGAUCUCCUCUAAUUUAUUUUAUUGGAAAUAGAGAUAAUAAUACGCGAUGUGAGUGUUCGCGAUUAGUCGUACAUGCAGUUCGUAGCUGUGAUCGCUUGCUUCGUACGUACAAAUCUCUACUUUUAAUUUAAUGGACAGAAAAUUUCAUUUUGAAGAAGAGAGAUUGUUCAAUAUUUUUUGUGAAAUUCGUUAUAUUUCAAUUCAUAUCUGCUUUAACGCCUUGUAUAUAAAUUAUUAUUUAUUUCUGAAACUAGCGAUCAAUGGAAGAAUGAAAUAUGAAAAUCCGCAUAUUUUUCUGUACAUAUCUAGCAAUUCCGACGACCUAUUGCAUGAAAAUGUUUCAUGAACAAUAAAUCUUAUAUAUUAAAUAAUGAUACACUUUACAGUAAAAACAAAAUAAUUAAUCUUAGCUUAUAUAAUAUAUAAAUCAUUAGAUAUCACACAUUAUUAUAGUCAAAUUCUGACACAACUUUAAUAUAGGCCGAUUAACUAAAGCUUGCACGUCACACUACUCACAUGAAUACAACUUUAUACAGUACGUUAAACGAAAUAUAAUUGAAGGUACAGAUACAUGGACGCAAACAAAACAUGGUGAUAUCCUGAGUUUGUUGUUGCGUGAGCAUUGCGUUGUGACGUCGACGAAGGUUAGUUAAUAGUGGCGCUAACAACGCGCGCAACAUGCGAAUAUGUCGUUACCGCCCGCUUUAGAUAAUCGACCUAUAAAUCUUAUGCUCGAAAGUAUUUUGUAGGAGCAAGUGUAAAAUGUUUUACGGUACUAUAAGCAUUAUUGUCGUUGCAUUUAGAUUUUCGUGCAUUCUUGUUGUUCUGCUUGUGUGUGAGCUAGCCAACUUAUAAGUGUCUGUAAUAAAUUAAUUUUAUUUGUGUUACAUUUUUGGUAGCAUUGUACAAUUUUAUAUUAUUCUUUGUGAUCUAUGGCUAUAGGAACAUCGAGCCAUACAAUUCCAUUGUUUUAGGAAUCAUAUUUAUUUGCUUUAAGUUAAUAUCUGAUUAUGGUAGGUAUUUUACAUAGUAUAUUGUGAAAUUAUUUCAAGCUUUAUAGACUGAUUCAUUCGACCAGGGUAUGAUCAUGAUGAAGUAAGGAUAUGAUAAUAUUCUGAUCAUGCAAGUGUACAUCAUUUGGAGCAGAGAGUUGCUGUAAUAGCUACAGUAUUUGCUGACGACAGUUUCAAGUUACUUACUGGAAAAAAAUCUAAACCCUCACUUAUCUCUGACAUUGCGGAAUUAGAAACGGUGAAUUUGUACGCUAAGUUUCAUCCAAUCCUUUCCCUUCUAACAAUUCCACCAACAAAGCGGCGCGCUGAGCGUAUUUUUAGAACAUACCUAUUCGAAAUUUAAAGUAUAUUUUUACAAUAUGAUAUUUUUACUUUGGUUGUUUACAUUUUUUUAUCAUUUAGAUAUUGUUUUAUCACUUCCCUAAUGAAAACUCCAUUGCAAUUUUUGAUUUCGUGCUUCUCCUAAAAUACGCAUAAUUUUUAUUUGCAACCAUCACUAUAAUCUUGAACAAUUUAAUAAACAUUUUGAUAGAUAAAAAUUGUCAAAAGACCAAAGUUUUAUUUUUUUAAUAACAUUCAUAAUUCUUUCCAUAUUCCCACCUAUAAUUGUGCGCCGUAAAAUGCAAGGUACGAAUGCUCAUGGUCUUUCAAUCGGAGGAGGGCCCUAAUACACAUUGAUAUAUUUUAUAUUAAUGGAGUUCUGAAAUAUGGAAAAAUAACGUGAAUGAAUGUCAUAAAAUUAUAAGCAAAUAUUACUUAGUUAUAUCUUACUAAAACUUUACUACGUUCACGAUCAAAAAGUAAAGAAGCAUCUUGGAACAACAAAUAAAUUAGUCUUACACAUUCAAGAACUCUUAAAAGCACCUGUACUCAACCUUUUUACGAACCACAAAGACGUCGUCGUUAUGGUGCCUCGGGCCUUACGUAAAAUAAUUGACCGAACACAUAAUAAAAAUUUUAUAUCUAAAUAAAAAUUUUCUCAAUAAAUUUUAUGUGAUUUCAUUGUUAUGGGGCUAGUAAACGGUUCAAGUGAUCUUGGGUAGUUUCUGUAAUUUUAGCUAAAUUUUUGAAGUCAGAUGGUCAACUUGCAGUAGCUCGGCAGGCCGCAGGUUAACUAGCCGCACAAAAGCAUGCAAUAAACCAAUGCAAACCAUAUAAUUUAAUAAAAUGUGACGUGAAUGUGAUGUGAUCGUUUUGACUUUUUUCAGUAAGUAACAAUUUUGUUGGUUUAUUUCUUGAUUCUCAGGUACACUACUUCAUUCAACUUUUUUUUAAGAUGUCUAUAUAUUAUUUCGCCGUUGAUUUAUUUUACAGUUUUAAAAUGUACAUAGGUAAUCUAGUGGAAUACAUUAAUUGAGUUUCUUUGAACUACAAUAUUAAUAUUGCUGACAUUUUUAACCCACGCUUGCAAUGUAUUUUAUCAUGUGAUUGUAUACAGAUUUUUCUAGUUUAUUAUAUUCUCGCAACUGGGGUCUAUGCCUCGAGCACUUUUGGAACAUACAAAGGUAAACGUAAUGUUACCUUCGUCGACAUUUGCGAGUAUUUAUUUCUUCUCAAUAAUUUUACGACAGCUAUUAUAUAAAUAAUAAUGGCUAUUAUAUAAUUAUUUCCUAUCAUAUAUUUAUGAUGAAUAUUAUAUUUAGUAUGGGCUACAAAAUGCUAGUUUGUAUAUUGCACAGUCCUUUUUAUGUCUUAAACACGGUAUAUUUGUAGGCAGUAACAUUUUAAUUCAAUUUAAUAGUAAUAGUAUUUUUAUUCACUCACAUAAUAAGUAUGUUGUUAAGAUACUUUUAUUCCAUAAUAAAAUUUUACCUGCGCUUUGACUACACGCUGUAUUAGUAUAAAUUCAACAACCUAAUUACAUUAGCUUUCAUAGAAUUUUUCGUUGUCUAGUAUGUGCAGUGUGCAAUAAUUAUUAUAAUAUUGUCACUUUUUAAUAUGAAUGUUUCAACGGCCUGACAUCUUUUUUUGUAGAUUCCUGAUGUUCCCAUUUUUAAUUAUUAGGUAGAUACUUUAUUCUUACAAUAUUAUUGUAAAAAUGUAUUGUCUUUCAAUUGAUUUGUGAAAAAUGUGGAAAACCGACUUCCUACUUCCACCUGCGUAAAUUACCUUAUCGCCAGUUUAUAGUGUACAAAAGGUUACAUUGUGUCUAAUAAAAUAUUACAAAAUAA